AUGGUGGGCAGGGGCAGCCUGGGCACCGUGUACCGCGCCGUGCAGGGCGACGGCCGCAUGGUCGCCGUGAAGCGGCUGCGCGACGCCAACCCCUGCGCGCACGACGAGUUCCACCGGUACAUGGACCUCAUCGGCCGCGUCCGCCACCCGCACCUCGUUCCGCUCAGUGCCUUCUACUACGCCCGGCAGGAGAAGCUCCUCAUCUACGACUACCUCCCCAACGGCAACCUCCACGACCACCUCCACGGUACGGUACCGUCUCCCUCCGGCGACCUUGUUGCCAGUCAGUUACAAUUACAACCAUUGCCGUUGCGUGAUCCGUGA